UUAGAUAAAUUCAAUAUCUCUGCCAUCGUCGCCCGGAACUAUUUUUGGUAUAUUGAAAGAUUAUUAUAAAAUGCAUAAUUUCUAAAAGUUUCAUUCCGGGCGACAGUGGCAGAAGGGUUGAAAUAUUAAUGAGAUAAUUUUUUAACUACGGUCACCGUGUUAAAACCACCGCGCAUAUUCAGUUCAUUGAAGAGGAGACGACGAUAACCAAGGCUACCAUUUAAUUAUAAACAUCUUUUUUAGUUUAUUUCAUAAUUUUAGAAUGCUUUGAUUUGUUACAAUUUCUUAUUUUUAAAAAUCCGGAUAAAUUUGAUCCAAAAGUACGGAACGCUGACAUUUUGGUUGUUAUGGUUAGUGUAAACAGAGCAGUGUAAAGAUAGGGCCAACGUUUAACAGAUUCUUCCUGCAUAAUCCUGGGAACCAGGAUGGAUGAGAGACGAUAUAAGUGUGCUCUGUGCAACAAGAAGAUCCCCCAGGAUGAACGACGGCCAGCUACUUUAUUUCUUUCUGUUUUACAGAAACAUUUUUCUGUAAAUGUGGAAGACUCAGACGUAUUGUGUAAUAAGUGUCGUCAUAAGUGUAGGAAAAAGAAUAAAUCUUUUGCCACUGGACUCACAUUACCAAGGCCAGCUCCCCAGGAGGAAAAAGAGGAUCCAACUUACGCAUCACCAAAUCCAAAGAAAACCAGACUCUCAUUUCAUAGUCCUCCUUCCGUUCCCCUGCCAAUUCCAUCAACAACCCAAAGCCAUGGUUACUGCCUUGUUUGCAAGAAACCGGGACCCAAACUUGUUACAGUUUCCCAUCAUGUUCGUAUGUUUGUAUUCAUCAGUCGAGGGAUAAUUAUCCCGUCUGGUGCAAGGUGUUGUACUCGACAUUUGGAAAAUGGGAAAAUGACUGAUGAAGCUAUGGAGCAGAUUAAGACGAGUGAGAGCACGACACUGAACAAAACUUCUAUCACCAAUCUAAUCAAGGAAUUGCGAGAUAAAGCAUUUCAGCAAUCGAGGCUUGACUUUGAUGAUGAAGGCAGCCUAGACGACAGUGACUAUCAAGUGCUGACAGGAUUUUCUCGUUUUGAAUUUCAUGACAUUGUCUCAACAAUUACCAGUAUCAACUCCUCCAAAAAUCGAAGCAAGAGGACUUGUGUAGCCAUCCUGUUGAUGAAACUGAGAUCAGCCCUUUCAAACAAAAUGCUUGCCGUUUUAUUUUGCAUGACUAAGUUUCAAGUUCGACGAGCUAUUGCAUCUGCCAGAGCAGCGCUUAUGAAAGACUUCGUGCCAUCCAAUCUUGGAUUUCAGCAUGUUACACGUGAAGAAGUCAUUCACAACCACACUCGUGAGCUAGCUAGGGAUCUUUUGACCCACGACAUCACGACAAACCCUGCAAUCUUGGUUUUGGAUGGAACGUAUGUCUACAUACAGAAAAGUUCAAAUUUUGCUUUUGCACGACGAUCAUACAGUUUAUACAAACAUAGGCCCCUGGUAAAACCAAUGAUCGUGGUAACAACGAGUGGAUAUAUUGUAUCGGUUCUUGGGCCCUAUCUGGCUGACACAAAGAAUAAUGACGCCAACAUCCUAAAACACAUGAUUUAUAGUAAUGCUGAGGAGAUCAGGAGUUGGAUACAGGAAGAUGACGUCUUUGUUGUCGACCGUAGUUUCAGGGACGCUUAGGAUUUGUUGGAAGACAUUGGAAUCAGGAU